UUCUCCUUCUUUCUCUCGCUUCCUCUCGUUGCUGUUCAACUCCAGGGAGAAAGUGACAUCGAGCCUUGUGGAUCCCGAGGAGAUCUGAGCAGCACCGAGCCAGUUCGUAGUGUUCGGUGGAUGCCUCCAGUAUCCAGCCAUGGGGGAAUGGACCAUCCUCGAACGCCUCCUAGAGGCUGCUGUUCAACAGCACUCUACUAUGAUUGGGAGGAUUCUACUGACGGUGGUCGUGAUCUUCCGGAUCCUCAUUGUAGCCAUUGUGGGUGAAACCGUGUAUGAGGAUGAGCAGACAAUGUUCAUAUGUAAUACACUUCAACCCGGCUGCAACCAGGCCUGCUACGACAAGGCCUUCCCCAUCUCGCACAUCCGCUACUGGGUCUUUCAGAUCAUUCUGGUGUGCACGCCGAGUCUGUGCUUUAUCACCUACUCUGUCCACCAGUCGGCUAAACAGCGUGAUCGCCGCUAUUCCUUCCUCUACCCGAUGCUAGAAAAGGACUACAGCCGAGAAGGCACCCGCAAAGUGCGCAACGUCAAUGGCAUCCUGGUGCAGCAUCCAGACAGCAGCGGUGGAAAAGAUGAACCCGACUGCCUAGAGGUCAAAGAGAUCCCCAAUGUAGCACGUGGCCUCUCCCACAGCAAGAGCUCCAAAGUGCGUCGGCAAGAAGGUAUUUCGCGUUUCUACGUCAUCCAGGUCGUGUUCCGGAACGCCUUGGAGAUUGGCUUCCUGGCAGGCCAGUACUUCUUGUAUGGCUUCAGCGUACCAGGAAUCUUUGAGUGUUAUCGCUACCCGUGUGUAAAAGAGGUGGAGUGCUAUGUGUCGCGUCCCACAGAGAAGACGGUCUUCCUGGUGUUCAUGUUUGCCGUGAGCGGUAUCUGUGUGGUGCUCAACCUGGCCGAGCUCAACCACCUGGGCUGGAGGAAGAUCAAGACGGCCAUCCGGGGUGUCCAGGCACGCCGCAAGUCUACCUGUGAGAUCCGCAAGAAGGACAUGGCGCACCUGUCACAGCCCCCCAACCUGGGCAGGACCCAGUCCAGCGAGUCGGCUUACGUCUGAUCCUCUAUUAGCCAUUUUUAUAACGGAGGGGUCAAAUGUUGCUAGCAAGGGGUAGGGGGUCACCUUACCAAACCGGCCCCUUUUUCCACCAACCACUCCAUUCCCAUGUCUUAGAUAGUGUUGUGUUGUUGCAUGAAAGAGAUGAUGACGAUAGAGGAGAGCGCAAGAAGGAGUAAGUAAACAUAUAUUUGGAGAUUCUUGUUUCUGGAGAGUCUCAAGGAUAACAAGAGGGCUCGGAGGGGACAGAGGAGCGGAAGAGCCGUCAGGAAAGGUGACAGACUUCCACGGCAACAUGCUACAGGAACAAUAUUGUCUUGGAUCACCUUAUAACUACUCCUCUUACUCGCUGGGGGGAAAAUUUUUUUGCACGAAAUAGCAGGAAGAUGUCAGUCCUGCUAUGGAUCAUUGCCAUGGAAGAAAAUCUGUGUAUGCUUGGUUUUGUCAGUGAGUCACUCUAAAGAAAACAAUGUGGGGGUAUCUAAACGGAUAUUUAACAGAUAUUUGCUUCUUUGCU